UUACCCACGUUGCAACGACAUUUCUCGCCCUCCACUAGUAGAGCACGUAAACAGUAAACAAAAAGGAUUCACUCAUCAAUAAAGCAAUGUGAUAAUUUGAAAAUUGCAUCGCAGUUGGACGUACGAAGUUUAGACCGUUUAAAAUGGCUGCUGGACGUGGAAUACUGAGUCUGAGAUUCAAUCAAGACCAGGGGUGCUUCACGUGUUGCAUGGAGUCAGGACUGAGGAUUUACAAUGUUGAACCCCUGGUGGAAAAGGCCCACUUUGACAGUGACCUCAUGGGUAGCAUUGCCAUCAGUGAAAUGCUCUGGAGGACAAAUCUCAUUGCUCUCGUAGGUGGCGGAUCUCGGCCCAAAUUUGCGGAUAAUACUGUUCUGAUUUAUGACGACGCCGCCAAGAAAUUCGUCCUGGAGAUCACAUUUACCAGUACCAUCAAGGCUGUGAGACUUACGAGAGAUAGAUUGAUUGUUGCACUUCAAGGGGAAAUCCACGUGUUCUCGUUCCCAUUUUCCACUAGGAGAUUACUGACCCUCGAGACGAGGGACAAUCCCAAAGGACUUAUGGAGGUCGCCCCCCUGACUAGUGCAUAUAAACAAUUAUUGGUGUUUCCUGGACACAAGAUUGGGAGUGUCCAGCUGGUCGACCUUGCUGCCACUGUUGGGAGUUCCUCUGCACCUGCGACCAUUCCUGCUCAUCAGGGAGCAUUGGCUUGUCUGGCUGUUAAUUCAAAUGGAACAAUGGUCGCAACAGCCUCAGCCCAAGGAACCCUCGUCAGGGUCUGGGACAGCGUCAGGCGACAACUCCUGGUCGAACUACGACGUGGGACAGACCCCGCCACUCUCUACUGUAUAACAUUCAGCAGAGAUUCCGAGUUCCUCUGCGCGUCUAGUGAUAAAGGGACUAUUCACAUAUGGGCCCUCAAAGACACUCGUCUUAACAGGAGAUCGACGUUCUCAAAGAUGGCCUUUCUUGGAAAUUACGUCGAAAGUCAAUGGGCCCUCGCUACAUUCACUGUACCCCCUGAAUGUGCAUGUGUCUGCGCAUUUGGACCGCACCAUUCAGUCAUUGCUGUCUGCAUGGAUGGAACGUUCCACAAAUACGUUUUUACGGCCGAAGGGAAUUGCAAUCGUGAAGCCUUCGAUGUUUUUCUGGACGUCUGCGACGACGACGACUUUUGACACCUGCACAAAGAAUCCUAGACCCCCUAGAUUGUUUUACAUCACUUUAUGUCGAAAGCAAGGAAGAACUGAACUAUUUGCAGAUUGUAGAUACUAACCGAGCGAGAGACAAUGUUAAAUCGUUUAUUCUGUGUACAUAAUUUUUUAACAAAUAUAAAUGUUCUAAGAAGAUUACACAA